CUGUCUGUCGUCAGUACGCCAUUUUCUCCUCUGGUGUCUUGUACGUAGUGGAAGGAGGAAGCGCCAUUGCGGCAUCGUCUUGUUUGGGCUUGAUACUCAAAUAUUGCCGAGUAUUAGCGUCUCAUAAGCUGGUCUGGUGCCACUCAAAAUGCCAGGCUUCAGUAGUGUAGGCACAUUCAAGAUAUUCGUCGGCAACUUGGCUGACAAAACUACUGUGGAUGAUAUUAAGCCACUUUUUGAAAAAUAUGGAAAAGUUGUAGAAUGUGACGUGGUGAAGAAUUAUGGAUUCGUGCAUAUGGAACAUGAAGAAGGUGGACGUGAUGCAAUUCAGAAUCUAAAUGGGUACCUGGUUCAUGGACAAGCAAUAAAAGUGGAAGCUGCAACAAGUCGCAAAGGACCUCAGACACCAACAACAAAGAUAUUUGUUGGAAACCUAACUGACAACACAAAAGCACCUCAGGUGCGAGCAUUGUUUGCAAAGUACGGAACAGUUCUGGAAUGUGACAUCGUGAGAAAUUACGGUUUUGUGCAUAUUGAAUCAAAUGAUAAUGUGAACUUGGCCAUUAAAGAGUUGAAUGGGUACAUAGUCGAUGGGCAGCCAAUGAAGGUCCAGGUGUCCACGAGUAGGGUUCGUCAGCGACCGGGAAUGGGAGAUCCUGAGCAGUGUUACAGGUGUGGAAGAGGUGGUCACUGGUCUAAGGAGUGUCCUAAAGCUGGGUUAGGACCUGACAGGAAUGGUUUCAGAGGCCCUAUUUUUGGCAGAGAACCAUAUCCUCCUCCACCACCUCCACCAUUUCUGCGUGACAGAAUGAUGGGCAGAUUUGGAAUGAGGGACCCCUUGUAUGACGGUUUCUAUGACAGAAACAGAUUUGAAGAUUCACCACGCGACAUGUUCGAGCGCAGGUUCCCCCCUCUUCCUCCUCGUGACUUGGGACCAUCACUUCGUGGCAGAGAAUUUUUACCCCCACCACCACUUCCUCCCAGGCCAAGGGAUGCUCUCCCUCCACCACCUCCCAUUGGGCUGCGAGGACCUGUUGGAUCUGUUAGAGAUUCACCAGUUUAUGAUCGCCCAAGUUCAGAGUAUAGUAUUUUCAGUCGGCGAUCACCAUCAUCAUCUGCUGUUCCACCAAGUCGAUUUAGUCGUAUGUUUGAAGACUUCAGUCGCGAUAGCUUUGAGGAAAGAAGACCGGGCGCGCGUGGAACGCUCUCUCCUCGCCGCUUUGCACCGUAUUAAGACGCAAUCAUCCGCCUGUCCGUCGCCGUUAUAAGCCGGUCCGUAGCGUCGAAGUCCGGUGAAAUUUUUCACGCGGGAAGCCUCGGCCGGAAUGAAACGGAAGACAAUCGCCUGUUGUGUUGCGGCGCGGCGUGACGGUGUAACGGGCAACUCACCUUUGUUCUCUUGUUUCUUUUUGAACAUGCUAGAUAGAUUUCAGAUAUUCUGUCUUGUUUGAUAGAUAAUUAUUGUUGUAGUCUGAUACAUCCACACCAUUACUUUUAAGCAUUCUUCUCUUCGUGAUUUUUGAAGGAGAAUUUUUGAAAUAGAAUUCUUCUGUUCAUUAGUUCAACAAGUAGGGUGGGCACAUUCUUUGCUUCACGAUCAUGUGCAUUACGUGCUGUUGGUGUUCAGCAAAAUACUAUUAACCCUGUUAUGAAGUCUCAUUCCAUAGAAAAUUAAACACGGUCCAUUUUUUCACUGAAAGAGAAAGUUGCACUUAGACCAUUUAUCCCCUUUUGACACAGUUGUGUACUUACAACAUUGAAAAGAAGUGUAUAAGGAAUUAGUUAGUCUGUACUUACAAAAGACGUUGAACACAUCCGACUUAGAAAGGCUUCCCGCACGGCAUGUCGGUCGGAAGCGUUCCGUGGAAUUAGCGCGACAGAUGUAAACAGGUAUGCUGCCGGUUGUGUUCUAGAUUCUUUGUAGAAUAUUUUGAUUGGAACAAAACAGGAAUCAUGACAUUGUUUCAGAUUUCUUUCAUUUCCCAGUAUCUUAAUGUUACUUGUGAAAAAAAAGAUAAUUGAUAGAUUUUAUAGCUGUGUAGGCUGAUAAAUAUAUCCCAGCUUGGGCAAACUGAAGUCAGUCCAGAAGAGGACAUUGUCAUUGCUUACUAAGUGUAUCUAGUGUUACAGAUUAGCCUUCAUAUAGAUUAUACAUAUUUAUUAGUAAGUAUCCAUAUUACUUUGAUGUGGUUUUCUUUAUCGAGGAAAAAUAAAACACAUGUCUCGGCAUUAUUUGGAAAUCAGCACCUUUUUUCAGCAGCUUACAAUAUUUGGAACCUUUGUCGAUUUAAUUAUGUAAUCUAAAGUGUGUUAGAACCAUUUGUAGCUGUUUUAAUGUGUGUAUGUAUUGUUUUACAUAAAUACAUUUUUUCUACAAA